AUGCUGACCGCUCUCGCGCCCGCCAGCCUGCAGCGGCGCGUGGGCAGCAUGGACCUUCUCAACAUGGUCGUGCCCCUCGGCCUCCGCCCCGCCAGCAGCCUCGACGCCGCGACCGCCACCACGGUGCAGCGCCGCAACCUCCUCCAGACCGCGUACGCCACCGCGCCGGUCUUCCUGCUGACCGGGCUGCAGGGCGCCGCCGCCGUGCUCUGGCGGCUCGCGGGGCGCCCGCACCCGCACGACUGGACGCUGCCGGAGGAGCUGCUUAUCACGCUCAUGCGCACGCUGCUUGAAUACGGCGACAUCGCCGUGUGGCGGGGCUUCUUCAAGAACGUCAGCCGCCCCAUCAGCAUGCCGUCCGACCUGGUGAUGUCACCCGCGCCGCGGCCCGGCAGCAAGAGCCUGUGGUUUGCGCUGCGUCCGGAGCUGCGGGUGGUGGAGCCGAGGGGCAGCGUCAACAUCCUGUUCAUACACGGCGGCGCGUUCAUAUCCGGCUCGGCGCGGCAGUACCAGGCCACCUACUGCUUUUGGCUGAAGAAGCUCGCGCGCCGGGGCAUCGCCGCCAAGGUGCUCAGUGUCGGCUACCCCCUCGCGCCAGAGCACCCCUACCCAGCCGGGCGGGACGCGUGCGAGGAGGAGAUCAGAUGGAUCAUGUCCCGCGACUCGGGCGAGAUCGCCCCUGUGAUCGUCGGCGGCGACUCUGCGGGCGCCAACCUGGCGCUCUCCGCCCUCAGCCACAUGCGCGACACCGGCCGCCUCCCCAAGCCGCCGCUGGGCACGCUGCUGGUUUCGCCGUGCGUGGACCUGUCGCCCACGUGCAUCCUGUGCCGCGACAACGAGCCAGGGGCGGGGUCGCACGACUACCUGCCAAAGGAGAAGCUCAGCUUCGGGCUGCCCUUCUUCUAUGCAAAGGACCUGACGUCGCCCUACGUGUCCCCCACGCUGCUGGACUCCCUGGACGGCCUGGCCCAGCGCGACAUCCUGCUCAUCAGCGGCGGCGCAGAGCUGAUGCUCACCGACAUCCGGGUAUUCGCCAAGAAGCUGCAGGCCGCGUCUGACGCGUCCAUCGCAAACAGGGGCGCCGCCGGCUUCAGGCUGACGUACUGGGAGGAGCCCGGCCGCGUGCACAGCUGGCCCAUGCUGCCGCUGUCGCACCUGAAGGGCAAGCAGGAGCCGAUCUUCCAGUUUGUGGAGCGCGUCCUGGGGCUGCCCGCGCUGGAGCGCGGCGCGCCGCGCGCUUGA